CCCAAGAUCGACCCACUGCAGCUGCUGAAAUGUCUUAGUAUCCUGCUUAAUCUGCGAGGCGGGAUUAAAGGCCUGGACGAUGUGCCGCGGGUCAAAGGGUUGAUGGCUAAGUACUCCAAGAAGUUGGUGAGCAAGUGCAUCUACCUGAACAUCUUGCAAGCAACGGACAUCCCUUUCCUAGACGCGUUCUACGAGGAAGGAGGCUGGGAGCUGGUGGGCGCGUGGCUGCAGGAAGCGGUGAGCUCGAAGAAUUGGCCGCUGGCCGGACAGGUGCUGACCCUGCUGGACACCUCCCCGAUGACGGUCACGAGGCUCAAGAGGACCACCACGCCCAAGCUGGUCAAGGAGCUGUCUAGGGACUGCCCUAGCGAAGAUGUACAAAACACGGCCAAGCAGCUGGUGCACAAGUGGAUGGAGGUGGUGCGGCAGGGGGACGGCACCGCGGCCGGCGUCGGGCUGGGCAACGCCUGCGCCGGCGACGACGACGAGGAGCGAGCGGAAGGCGCGGCCGCGGCGCCCUUCCAACAGGAGGAUGCGACCCUGGUCGACCUGACCUCGCCCGACCCCGAGGACGAGGACAAGGGCGAGACGGGGCCCUCGCAGACGCCCCAGGCUGGCUCCAGGGAGUCGUCUCUGGGCGAGGGCGGCGACGCCAGCUCCUCGCUCGACUGCCAGGACGAGUCGUCCAACGCCUCCACGGAGAGCGACACGACGCCCGCACCCACCACGCCCAUCCGCAUCACGAUCCGCAGCGGCUCGCAGGUGCUGGCCAAGGUGUCGUCGCAGCGCCUGAGCCAGGAUUCGACCGACAGUGACGACAACAAGCCCCUGAGUGUGAUCAAGCAGGAGGUGGAGAAGGCCCGGCAGGCGCGGAAGGCGCUGGAGGCGGAGAAGGCAUUGGCGGGCGCGGCCUCAACUACCUCAAGCACGCCCGCCGCGGCGCCUACAGCUACCACAACUACCUCGCUCUCCGCCCCAGCCGGUGACGAGGCCGGGGCCGACAGCACAGCCACUACCUCUCCAGAGACCAAUGAUGUUCAGCCGAACGGUGCUGAGGGCGCCACCGCAGAGGGCGCCGUCGUGUCAGGGACCACGCCCACAGUGCACACCAUCGUGACCUUUACGGGAGGGCUGUCCAGCACGAGCUCGCCCGCCGCCACGCAGCCGUCCGCGGCGGCCGAGGAGGCGGAGGAGGCGGGCGGCAAGGACGACGAGGCGAAGGGAGUGAACGGGGAGGACGAAGGGAAGGCCAGUGACACGGCCAAGGGGGAAGGGGAGGACGAAGUGAAAGAUGAAGGGAAAGAUGUGAAAGUGGACAAUAAAGACAUGAAUGGAGCAAGCGCCGAUAGCUCCUCUCCGGCCAGCUCUGAGAGUAAAGACGUUGUAGAUAGUAAAAACAAAAGCGAAUCCAAAGAGAAAGACAAAGACAAGGAAAAGAAAAGCAGUCGAGACAAAGAGAAAGAGCGGGAGAGAAAGUCGAAGGAGUCGGAGAAGGACAAAAAGAAGGAAAAGGAGAAAGAGAAAAGCAGAAGUUCCAAAAGCAGCAGCAGCAGCAAAUCGGAGAAGGAAAAGAGCUCGAGAGAGAGACACAGAAGUAGCAGUAGCAGUAGUAAAGACAAAGAUAAGGAUAGGAGAGACAAGGACCGUAGUAAAAGCAGCAGCAGUAGAGACAAGAAGAGCAGCAGUAGAGAUAAAGAGAAAGAACGGGAGAGAAGCAGAGAGAAGGAAAAGGAGCGAGAGAAGGAGAGGAAGAACAAGGAGAAGCAGGAGUCGGAGGUCAAGGCCACGCUGGAGAAGGUGAAGCCCCACAGCGCCGACGGCCUGGCCAAGAUCCCGAGGAAGCAGGCCAGCUUCUUGGACGCGCUGGGCUCCGCCGACUCGGAGCUCAACGAGGCCAAGAAGCCCUCGGUCAAGACGUACAAGUCGCGGGGCUUCCGCAACACGGGGCUUCUGGACGAGCCCACGAAGCUCCCGGGGGUCGCCGGCAAGAAACCAGCCGGGGCGGAGAAGAAGGGCGUCGUCGGGGGCCUGGCUGGGGGGAGUGCGCUGUCUCCUUCAGGGGGGCUGAAGAGGCCGUCACCGCUGGACGACCUGGCGUCCUCGCAGCCCGACAAGCGCGUGAGGUCGUCCGUCUCGUCGUCACCGCUCAACGCCGACAAGCCCGGUGGAGUCAAGCUAAUUUCGCCCAAACGACCCUCACUCUCCGACGACGGGGGUUUCAUGGCAGCUCUCACCGCCGCCGGACCCGACAGCACGCGGAAGAAGGUCACGAGGAAGAGGAGGUCAAGCGAGAGUGACCCCAAGGAAGGGAAAGGCGAGGGCAAAGAGGACGAGGAGAAGAAGGAAGGGUCAGAGGUCAGGUCGCCGAGCAGCUCUCCCGUCAAGCUGGAGGAGAAGGCGGUGCUGUCGCCCACCAGUGUCAAGCCCAUGUUUAAUUUCUACCAAGAAACCUUGAAAGACGAAGACGAGACGGAGGAAAAGAAAGAGACGGCGGAGGCAAAGAAGAACGAAGGAGAGGAAGAGGAGGAGAUGGAGACGAACGAGAAGGAAGCGAAGGAGGAAGAGGAGGAGGAGGAGAAGAAGGAGAAGACGGAAGAAAACGGGAGCGGCGACGUCGAGAUGAAGGAAGAAAACGGGGAAGAAACUGAGACGGAAAUGGAGGCAGAAGAAUGUGAGGACAAAAGCACUUCUCAGGCUCUCGGUGGUGGUGGUGUUGGUGGUGUUGGUGAUGGUGUUGGGCUGUAUGGUGGCGAUGAAGGGGAAACGGGUAUGUAGUGGUUGAUGCUGGGU